AUGGCUGUUAAAUUUGGGGUCAGCGGCAACCCUGAAAAGUUGACACUAGGGUUUGCAGUUCCCUUGGUGCUCUUGAUCUGUGUUUACGUUGCUGGAUUUGCCUGGUCAUGGGGACCUCUAGGAUGGUUGCCCAGUGAAAUUUUCCCACUUGAAGUAAGGUCUGCUGCUCAGGCUAUCAAUGUCUCCGUCAACAUGAUCUUCACCUUUGCCAUAGCCCAAGUCUUCACAGCCAUGCUCUGCCACAUGAAGUUUGGCUUGUUCUUCUUCUUCUCAGUCUGUGUGGUGGUGAUGAGCAUUUUCAUCUACAAAUUGUUGCCCGAAAGGAAAGGAGUUCCAAUUGAAGAAAUGCACACUGUGUGGGAGAAUCAUCCAUUUUGGCGGAAAUAUGUGGUUAAAGAUGAAGGCAUUGCCACGGGCAAGGGAGGACAGAGUGCCUAA